GAUAGUAGAUUGAUACUCGAUACUAGGUAACUGCAGGUGUUAGUAUCCUAAACGACCUACCAUCUAGUCCUCUCAUCAUUACUAGAUACUAACUUUAGAUGAAGAAGGAAAAUGUCCAUCUUCUCGACUUCGUCCUCCUCCUCCACGGCCCCUGCCGUAGGGUCGAUGACACUGCCUCCUGGUACGGCCUCAGAAGCGACACGUCUCCGCCGUUUCAUCGCUUUCCUUGGCAGACACAAGAAAAAACUCAUUUUCCUUGGUGUGCCCACUUGCGUUACCGCUUACUACGUCCGGAAAGUCUAUGUGCGCUUUGGACGACCACUCCUUGCGUUGCUUAGGGCAGCGAAAUCCGGAGAUGGCAGUGAUUUGAAGCCUGAGGAUUUCGAAGCACUGAUGAGUGCGAUGGGCAUGGGAGGUACUGGAAGUGGUGCAGAAGGCGCUGGUGGUGUAGGACUGGGAGGAGCACAAGGAGGAGAUCCUCUUGCAGCAUUACUUGGUGGUGGAGCUGGAGGACCAGGAGGUGGCCUAGACGAAAUGAGCAUCAUGCAGAAGCUAUUGCAAGGAGGCGAAGGUGCUGGACAAGGUGCUGAUAAUUUUCUCGAAGGACUUCUAGGAGCAGGCCAAUCUGGAGGUGGAGGAGCAUUUGGUGGGUUGUCAGAUGAACUGAAAAAACAAGGGGAGUCGAUGAACGCUUCUGGUGGCAAACCAAACUCUUUGAAACGGGAACUAGAGCGCAAAGUCCGACUUUCUGAUGAUACCGUAGCAGAGAAUCUCUCCAUCAUGCGGAACGAGGUCUUUGCUUGUUUCUCAUCACGAAUAGCGCGAGCUUCAAACGGAAUCCGAGAAGCGUCGCAGAACGAUGAAGCAAGGCAAACCGCGUUUCACACUCUUCAAACUCACUGCUUGGCUAAAUUGAUCACUUCUGCGGUGUCGCUGCAACUGGUAUUGUUGUACCAUAGGGUGUGCAUGUGCUCUGUUUUGCGAAGAGUACACCAUGCAUCCUCGAAUCCGGAGGUUGGUGGAGAGCGAACACUAGAGCAGCAGCCAGCAUUAGCCAGUUGGAAAUCAUCAACUUCAGCAGAUGACGGGAAAGCACAACCUGCAGCACCUGGAGGUGCAUCAACAUCACUUCAAGAAAAGCAGCACCGCUUGGAGAUACUACCUCCGGGAGGGCGGAAGGGAGGUACUUCACAAGUCCCAAAGUCUAGUCCUUCUUCCUCAUCCUCCUCCUCGUUUUUCAGCGGUACAUUUGCCAACACCCUCGUCACCGGUCUGGACUUCGUCACUUCCACGGUCGAGAAGGUAUUUUUUGGAGUUACUACUUCGCCAGAAGGAGCUUUGAUGAGUAGUCGUGAUGGUAGUUUUGCACAGGAGCUCGAAAAAGAAAUCCAACAACUACAUCAAGACGAAGAACAAGACCAGGACAACUUGUCCCCGGUUCCUCACAAAAGAUCGGAUCCUUCGUCUGUUGGAGAUAUUACGGAUAAUGCUACCACAUCCACAACUGCAGGAACAGUGGUCUCUAGAAUAAAGGACGAACAAGAAGAACCAGUGUCUCCCUCUCGAUCAUGGGCUUCUGAACUUGUUCAGCAGUUGGAGGAAACCGAACGGGAGAAACUACUGUCGCAAGCACCACCAGACGUGGUUAUAAGUCGGCUCCUUGGCACAACAAUAUGGAUGCAGAAGCGAAAGGGUUUAGAGCCAUUGAGCAAAGAGAUGGAUGGAAUUGUGGCUGAUAGCUAUCAAAGGUUUUUGGCGUUUUUGAAAGUAACGGAUCAUACAGAAACCUUAUUAAAGGAAUCUGCUACAACUUCUCCAUCAUCGAAAGUACAGGAGGACGAGUUGCCUCCGUCCUCUACAAGAGCUGCUGCCCAACAGACUGGCGUCAGUGUGGCUCGUGGUGUUGCUUCUUCAGAGUUGCGCACGCUUUUCAAGUUCAUCGCUGAGGACCUGACAAAUCGCUUGUUGCCUGCGCCAAACACCUGUUUUGCGCAGACAUUAGCUGCGGAGCAACGUCAAUCACCUACGGGAGAAAUGAGCAGCAAGGACGAAAAGCAGCUCGAGACUCCAGCAUUAUCGCCCACCGCCUCCCCUACGGCUUCGCCAUCUUGUUCUAUCAGCGCUGCAAGGAUAAAAACCACAAACCCAGCCGAAAUCUAUACCGCUCUUUUACUUCCGCCAUCCAACUCUGAACAUGCUCGUCAAGGAGUCGAACAAGAUGGGAAAGUCCAGUUAGACGCUUUGCUCCGCGAACAAGAGGACAUUCUAGAAAGCCCGCUUUUCCAAGCUGCCGCUUUCGAAUGUGUAAAUGCUUGUUUGGAGACGCUAUCAGACGCGUUGGAGGCUUACGUGGAAGAGAAUGGAAAGAGGAUGAAGAAAGUUGCAGAAGAAGAUCUUCGUCAACAAGGUGUUGAAGAAGUAGAUGAACAAGAUGAACAAGGUGAGAAGAGCCCUCAGGAGCAUCAAGGGGAUCACAAUACAUCUGCAAUAACAACCUCUACAACGUUCUUGCCGAAGGUGGUUCCCGUAGGCAAACUCAUCCCCUUUCUGUGCGAACAAGCGGAGCUUGUUUUUGAGGAACUAGCUCCCGACGAACCAUCCCACAACCCCUUUCUCUUCUCAGUGCGUCAGUCAGAAGCCACAAAUGCUCUUUGCGCAGCUGUGGUGGGGUUGGAUGAGUAGAAGUUUCGACCUCGACGCUGUAUUCAUGACACUACUUUAUCAAAUUUUGAGGACACAAAGUUCAUUUUCCAUGACCUUCACCUGCUUCAUCUAUUUAUUUUUGUGCUAUUUUGUGUGAGCUCCACCAGCUCAUACAGGAGUUGAUUGACUUUAACUCGAGGAUUGCUCGCUUCGAGUCCGCAGCUGGACUGAUUUUCCAUUUCUUCGAACAUCACUGGUUGCCUCUAUCUAUCGCAUCUUCAAGGG